AAUACUACGUCAGUCACAUGCGACUGUUUGCGGCCAGCAUCCGUCAGUAGACAGCAGGCGAAGGACACUGAUGUAAGAACGUGAAUGUCUCAGUGGCGUUAGUUUCAAUCUGAGUCCAAACUCCUCUCUGUGUCGGUUUGUCCAUGUAAAGGAAACAGGGACAGAGUUUCUCGGAGCGACAUCAGGCGGAGUCCAUGAGGCCACGUUUGAACAGACAAGCAGGAAGGAAGCGAGAGGAGCUGCAGCUGAGGAGCGAAGGAGAAACACAUUUCAUCUCCUCUUCAUACGCACACAGUUCACAUUACACUUCAUAGAUGUGGCAGAUUCCUGAGCAGAAAGGAUGACAUCAGAGGCCGCGGUCUCCACACCCGCUGCCAUAAGCAGCACUCCCGCCAAGAGGGACUACUACUGGCUUCGCUCCUUUGUAGCUGGAGGAGUAGCAGGAUGCUGUGCCAAGACCACCAUCGCUCCUCUGGACAGAGUCAAAAUUCUUCUUCAAGCCCAGAACCCCCAUUACAAACAUCUAGGAGUGUUUUCCACUCUCCAGGCUGUGCCAAAGAAAGAGGGCUUCCUUGGCUUGUACAAGGGUAACGGGGCAAUGAUGGUCAGGAUAUUUCCGUAUGGAGCCAUACAGUUCAUGGCCUUUGACAAUUAUAAAAAGCUGCUAAGGAAACAGAUGGGGAUCUCUGGACACAUCCACCGCCUCAUGGCAGGUUCUAUGGCAGGGAUGACCGCUGUGAUAUUCACCUACCCUCUGGAUGUGAUCCGAGCCAGACUGGCCUUUCAGGUGACAGGAGAGCAUCGCUACACUGGCAUUGCCAACGCCUUCCACACUAUCUACCUUAAGGAGGGGGGCGUUUUGGGUUUCUACAGGGGACUUACUCCAACACUUAUCGGAAUGGCCCCUUAUGCAGGGUUCUCGUUCUUCACCUACGGCACCCUGAAGACCCUCGGCUUGAAACAUUUCCCAGAACUGCUGGGACGCCCCUCCUCAGACAACCCUGAUGUCCUCGUCCUGAAAACCCACGUCAACCUGCUCUGCGGAGGCGUUGCUGGUGCCAUCGCUCAGACAAUAUCGUACCCGUUGGAUGUGGCUCGGAGAAGAAUGCAGUUAGGAGCCGUGCUUCCUGACUCUGAGAAAUGCGUAUCACUGAGCAAGACCUUGAAGUAUGUGUAUAAUGAGUAUGGGAUCAAGAAGGGAUUGUACCGAGGCCUUUCUCUCAACUACAUCCGCUGUGUCCCCUCCCAAGCUGUGGCCUUCACCACCUAUGAGUUCAUGAAGCAGACCCUCCACCUGAACUAGCUGCUGUUUUUGAAAACGUCCAGCUCUGCAGACUCUGCACCCGGGCCCGCACUGAGCCAUAAAGCAGUUCAGCCUCAAUGCUUCCUUCACAGAGUGAUCCGAGACUCGCUCGCUACGUCUUAAACUCCUCAUUGUGGGCUUUGCCUUUUUCCUUGAGUUCACUUAAGGCACCAGGGAAGUCACUUAAUGCCGACAAAGGAAACCGGAUAUCAAACAAUAAGGUACUCCGUGUCUGUCCUGUUCCAGGCCCUCUUACUUCCUGUGGCUGGCCGACUCUUAAGAGUUGAUUAACUCAACCACAAGACAAGCGGCCUAAAUUUGGUUGGACGGCUUGAGGCAGUGACAUGCUUUUCAACAAUGUUGCCAACCACACAACAGCGACCCUCUGAUUGUGUAGCAGCCCCCUCCUCAUUCACAAACACACAAACAUCUCUUUCUGAUUUCAAGAUGGACGCUUGCUUAAAUGGCUUAUUUACCAUCAUUAUUUCCAUCAGUUUCUUGACAAAGCUAAGUCAAAUGUAUUUAUUUAAAUAGUCAACAAUUCAGUCCGACAGGUACACAUUUUCUUUAUUGUUUAAUGUGUCUUCAUUUUUAUAGGCUGUUGUUGAAAGGUUGCUACAAUCAUAAAUAAUAAUGGUAAUGGUAACAAUAAUUAUAAUCAGAUGUGUCAUAAUGUUUUGUUUAUUUGGGGUUUAUUAUAUUUUAGAAUUUGAGAUGCUGUAAUGUUUGGAGAAGUUUCUGUUCAUAAAUCUUUGCCUUUGUCUUCAUUGAGAUGAAUAUGAAACACUAGCUGCAGGGUUAAAGAUGCAGUGUCCUGGAUUUCAGUUUUCACUUUAGAGGCAACUUCCCAUUUAAUUGCCAAACAUUGAAUUGGGUUUUUAAUAUAUGUGUUUUACUUUGCUGCUCUCAGAUGCUUAGUGUGUAGCUGUGAUGGUUGUGAAUUUUGUACAUUUGUGCCCAGCUGUGAUCAGAAUGAGUUGUUUGAGAUGUUUUGACUCGACUUGUCUGGAGGGAUCUCAGGACAAAUUUGCACUUCAUGACUGUAGUUGUUUCUUUGUGUAUUUAUUCAUUUAGUAACUUGUUGCCACCGGGUGGCAGCAUUGAAUAUAAAUGGAAUUGUUUACCAUCAAAGCUAACACAACACACACACAUAUUUCUCUUGUCUCUUAUAAUACACCUUAGGCUCUAUGAGAUUCAUUUUUAUUUUUUGUUGUUUUGCUUAACCAAAGAAAGUUGUCCGAUAGUGAGCAUUAUAUUUGCAUUUAGGAAGACUGAACAUUAACUGAAUGAAAGUGUUGUGUAUUCACAUCACAUUGAUGAACAAGCAGCCUCAUGUUUUGAGCCUCUUGCCUUCUUCUGCAUUUAAUGUCUUACUCCACCAGAGCGAUUGCGAUUGAGUUUAUCCACAUGCUUCAGUGGCUGCUUCAGCUUUCAGAUGGCUGUAUGGUGUAGAUGCCUUAGAACUGUGGUGUGUUAACAGCCCAGCCCCUCUAACCCUUCCAGGUGGUUUCAUUUGAAUACUCGGUGGACAGUCCGAACACAAACACAAAUCUGAAAAGCAUAUCUCUUUUCUUUCCAAUUCUUUUUCCAUCCCACUUUUUUGAGUUAGUAAAUCAUGUAUGUGUUUUGUCAAAUAACAUCUGUUGAGUUUAAACCAAAUUAGGUGAUCGUCUGAUCCCGACAAACUUAGAAUGAGAAAAGAAAUCAAGCAGUUAAAAAAAAUCUAUACUCAUAUUUUGAUGUAACUGGCACUACUGACCUUGCAUUAAACUUUUUUUGCCUUGAUGUGUUUUCAUCGAAUAAGUGAAAACCGACUGGCGGCUCCAAACCUCUCGAUGAACCAACGUCUGAAGAUCUUAGAACUUAUGAUUCUAGCAGAUCAACUUGAUCUCGUAAAUAGGAGACAUUGAUGCAACUACUGCUCUGCAGACGUAGGUAACUAUUACACAUGGACUGCAGCAUCUCUACCUGUCUGAGCUAAUAUAUAAUAUAAUUAUUUUUGGGAAACCAUAUACAUUUCUGCUGCAUUUCUGUUUUUUGUGUCACUGCUGUAUACACCAACUCACUGUUCAUUGGUUUCUGUGUUUUUAUUGUAGUUUUACUCAUUAGUAUCAGAUCAACUCCGUUCCUGCUGCUUCACUGUAACAGAUUGUUUUAUAAAACGAGCGAUAUUCAAUAUAUUCACACAGAAAUUUACAAUAUGUCACCGUACAGCUUCAUCUGUAUAAUCAAAUGUUUGUUUCAGAGUGACUUUACACGUGAGCUUAAAAACAUCAUGAAGCCUUGCAUCUUUACUUUGUCAAUGAAUAUGAGCUGAAUGAUCUAAGCAUCCCUUUUUUUUAACUGAACGAGGGGCAGUGACUUGGAUUUUAGAAAAUAUCAUCCGAGAGAAUAACAUAGUGAUGCUUUUCCCACUUUGUGACUCACACCCCUGUUAAUGUUGGUGGACUCUAAAACCACAGAGGGAUUAUAAAUUAUUUGCAUUUAUUUCACUGCAACAAGAAUACACUACCUGCUGUUGCUUGAUGUGUCACACUGAUUUGACUGGUAAAUGUGAUGUGUAACAUAACAAUGUACGUACAAAUGUUCCUCUAUGAAUUUCAUCCCCAUAUCUGUUAAAUACAGUUAACCUGAAUGAAAA